GGCAGAGGCUGGGAGCAGCUGCUUUGGGGGCGGAAAGUCACGUGAGGCUUCUUGGUCCUGUGGGUGGAGACGAAAAGCUGCGGUUAAGCAGGGUCGGAUGUAACCGUCACAGGGAAGUGUGCUCAAACGGAAUCGCGGAGUGGGCUGAGAUAGUGAAUUCCUAAGAAGAAAAUAAUGGAUUUCAUAUUAGUUGUUCUCUAAGUGUUUCGACUCAGCAUUGUGCAGGUUUAUUGCAAAGUCGAAAAGAAGAUGGCAACUCCUUAUGUCCCAGUUCCUAUGCCCAUAGGGAACUCUGCUUCCAGUUUUACAGCCAACAGAAACCAAAGAAGUUCUUCUUUUGGGAGUAUCUCAACAAGCUCAAACUCUUCCAAAGGCCAGUUAGAGGACUCAAAUAUGGGUAAUUUUAAACAGACAAGUGUACCCGAUCAAAUGGAUAGUACUUCAUCUGUCUGUAGCAGUCCCCUCAUUAGGACUAAAUUUACAGGUGCAGAUUCUUCCAUUGAGUAUUCUGCUAGACCAAGAGAAAGUGAAGAACAAAAUCCUGAAACAGUAUAUGUAGAAGAUAGACCUUCUACACCUACUAUACUGGGUUAUGAAGUGAUGGAAGAAAGAGCUAAAUUUACUGUAUAUAAAAUACUAGUUAAGAAGACACCAGAAGAAAGUUGGGUAGUUUUCAGAAGGUAUACUGACUUCUCUAGACUUAAUGACAAAUUAAAAGAGAUGUUUCCAGGCUUUCGAUUAGCACUUCCACCGAAACGCUGGUUCAAAGAUAAUUAUAAUGCUGACUUUUUAGAAGAUAGACAACUAGGAUUACAAGCAUUUCUUCAGAAUUUAGUAGCUCACAAAGACAUUGCUAACUGCCUUGCAGUGAGAGAAUUUCUUUGUCUGGAUGAUCCACCAGGUCCAUUUGAUAGCCUAGAAGAAAGCAGGGCUUUCUGUGAAACUUUAGAAGAGACAAACUACCGUUUUCAAAAAGAACUACUUGAAAAACAAAAAGAGGUGGAAUCACUGAAGAAACUGCUGCAUGAAAAGCAACUUCAUAUAGAAACUCUAGAGAGCAGAAUCAGAACAUUGUCUUUAGAACCUGAAGAGUCAUUGCACGCAUCAGAAACAGAAGAUGGACACAUCCCAAAGGUGGAGCCCUCCUCACUUGAGGUUGAUCAAGAUGUUUUGCAUGAGGAAUCUAGAACUGAUGAUAAGCCAUGCUUAAGUUUUAGUGAACCUGAAAUUUCUGUAUCAGACAUAGAAGUUGCAGAAGUGGCAUACAAUGCUGAAGAAGACUAAUACAUGACAAGCAGUUCCUUCCAUGUAUAUGUUUCAGCAAAUUUAGAAUAGAGUGGCAAAUAUUUAAAAAGAAAAAAAGAGUGAAACAUUUACAGAAAACAGAAAGAUUGCACAUGUAUAAAGUUUACAUAAAAGUUUUUUAAGUUAUUGGGAUAAGAAAUGUAUUCACUGCUGCUUUAAAUUGUCUUUUAUCCAACCUUUGUAUUUAAUACACUAAAAAAAAAAAAAUUAGUUUGAGUUCUGUUAUCAAGACUCAAUUCUUAAAUAAUGUGCAUAAAUUAUUUUGGUAUUUUGCCAAUAUAUUGCUCCAAAGUAAUGUGUGUGUGCAUACUCUUGCGUGUAUGUGUGUGUGUUUGAGUUUGUGUUUAAAAUGCCAAUUUUAUCAUUUAAAUGGACAUUAAAUGCAUGUUACUAUCUGGUUGAUAUAUACUUCUUUGUAUCUAUGACAUGAUAUAUUUUCAUUAGUCAUUUAAAUCAGUGGUAAAGAUGAAUUAAGUUUUAAAUAUCGAUACAUUUACCAUCUGUAAAUAAAAAUUGCCUGUUUGCAAUGUACUGCUAUUUAAAAAGAAGAAAACUUUCUAAUACCAAAGGAAAACUAUUUGAAAGAGCUAUAAUAACAUAAAAUAACAUAGCUAAACUGAUAAAAUAGCCUUGAUUUUAAAAGCUGAUACAUUAUCAGAAUACUAUGAUAAGUAUCCUAAUUUAUUAUAAUAUGUUGUACUUGUUUAUUUUCCACAUAAUCUUUAUCUUAAAUCUCUACCUAUAGAAUCAGUGAGUUUUCCUCUUUCAGAAUACUACCUCUUUUUGCUAAUCAAGGUAUAAUCUUUUGAAAAUAAAGAUUCUAAGCAAGUAGGGAGUUACAAAAAAAAAUACAAAAUAAAAAGCCAUAUAUACUAUAAAGUUCCUUAACUAUAUUGACUCCUGGGAUUGCAUUUUUAUUUCUGUAUAUGUGAAUAUGUUGCUAUAAUAUAUUAAGGCUGAUUUUCCUUUUAAUAUAUUUAGCCAAGUGAUGCACUUUAUGAUAAUUAAACUCCUUUGUGCCAAGUU